CUCGAAGGUAUCUAAAAUCAGGAGUACAGCGUCCAUAGACGCACACACGCCCGUGUGUGCAUGUACAGUUGAAACAUGGAAACAAACAUUUUAUAUUUCCUGAAAAAGCCUUCGUUAAUUAUUAAAUUGGGAUGACUGAAAUUUUUCGCACUAUAUUGGUGUCUUUGUGUUAAUAUUUCUUUUAUUAUACCAUAUGCUGAUGGAGUCACUGGCCUUUUUUUUCCGUUAACACUGUACCUUACCGACUAGAGAUGGGUAAAAAGAAACUAACUACUGCAUGUUCCACAGUAUUAAAUUACUCAAAAUGUCCUGUGGAAAGCGCUGUAAAUGGCAUUUCCGAGACCCUAAAUUGAAAAAUUGGUGGGAGGGGCAUGUCCCCAGACCCCCUAAGUUCUUUCGACUACGGCGCUACAACGUUUUUUCUCGACGUGCGCGCACCUUCAAAAUUUCACACUACGCCCCUGAAAAUAUAUUAAAUAAAUUCAAAUUCGUUGGACAUAAGUAGUAUAGUAAGGAUAAAAUAAACCUUUUUUGGCGCAGGAGUCUCAUUAAAAAAUAAAUUAAAAAUACAUUUAUGCCGAGAGCGGCUCAGUUAUACCAAAUAUAUAUACAAUAGACUGAAAUAUUUGUAAUUGCGUUCGUGCACGCGGCCAGGAUUCACUGAAUGAAGGAGACAACCUUAAGAUAUUGGUGAAGCUUGCCCACCUUACAAUUAUACUCGACCGAGUUCGGUGUAUGCCUACGGAGAACUUGUCAUACGACGACAAAUUGAAAAGAGUCAAUCUCGUACAGUUCCCGAACUAAACUUUCCAGUUCUGAACCCACCGUCUGCGGCGAGAGCUCCACUAGAUCGUUGGAGCCGAGCUCCAAACUAGUAAUGACAUCUGGGACCAACUGGCGCACCACAUGAAAGUCGAAUUUACGAAAUUUUACUAUGCGGCCGCCAACUCCAUGAAAAUAAAUAGCUGCCAUACCACUAAGGCUGCUAAAAGCCUGCAUGUGCCUCUUUUUCUGCACAAACGCCUUAAGACGAUGAACGAAGGAGUGCCCGAUUAUUAAUACGCGCUGUUUAGCCGUGAGGUUAAAAAAUAAUUUAGGAAAAUUAGCGGGUGCUAAGGAACGCCAAACAGAGUCCUCAGCUACGGCACCCCAACAAGAACGAAAAAAUAAUAAUAAUAAAAAGCUACCUGACUGCAAAAAACAAACAGGGGUGGGGGGGGAAAAACUGCACUUGCCUGAUUGUUUGUUGGCUUGUUCCUUCGGAGAAAGAAAGAAAUUCACUAUUGAAAAGCUAAACAGGUCACGAUCGGCGUUGUAAGAAAAAAGGGGCGAGCGAUAGCGAAGCUCGCGAAUUUAUAGCCCACUCUAUGUGUGGUGUCUAGCCAGCUAUCGUUAUCUUGACUAUCAACCUCUGCAGCUUGCACUGUAAGAUAAGAUAAUGCCCCGCCUCAUCAUAAAACCCAUUAUCGCGCUAAGUCAAUAAUGGGUCAUUUUGUCGACAACGUCUUAGCCAAAAAUAGCACAUGACCUUAUCUUAAUGAUGUCUUCAGCGUUAAUGUAUUCCUGCGCAAGGUAAUGAGAUUCCUGAGCAAAAAAGGGAUUUUUUCAUUCCUACUAUACUACUGGUAUUGUCUUCCUCCCUUCCUCCCUCCCUGCGUCUCAAUCGCUUUAGUAUAAAAGGUACAGACUUGAUGAACUUGACCAUUUUUUUUCUUUUCCGUCAAAAAUUUGUUCUUGAGAAAUGGUUGUGCAAGUGUAACAUUUCCAACAUAUUAAUCGACGUGCACUAGUGUUGGACAGGGGCCACGAGUAGACUAUGCAUUCAUAUGGAUUAUUCUUUAUUUCAUAUGGCAAUAGAUUUAAUGAUGCUGAAAUGAGACUGUUAAAGGGUCGUUCGUACCUUCUGGAAGUUAUUUGGCAACAAAAAAAUGGAAAGUAUCACAUGACCGUUGGUGUACAGCUUCCAGAUGAGAAAGUUAUGAGACCGGUUAGCGAUGAAUGGCUCAUCAAGUAUGAACCAGGUACGAGAACACAUUCACCUGUCUGCUGCAACUAUAGCCUGCGCCACAGACGAAACUAAACUUCUGGUUAAGUCCGUCUGCGCGCGAAACAGCGCCGAAAUCCUUUUUCCCUGGCUUCCCACCUGUGUAUCUGCGCCAUGAUUGGCCUGUUAAGAAAUCCAUUGUCAAUUAGCCAAUCAGUUUGAAGGGAAAUUGGAAACGCAUUUCCGGUACAGUCAAUUCCCUUUAUAACGGAAACCGUAGGGACCUUAACUUAGUGUCUUCAUUAGCGAGAGUCCGUUAUAGCGAGAGUUUACUUCAGUCAAACAUCUAUAACUUAUCUUUGCCUGGGAUUUAACUGCUGUCCGUAUUAUCGUGGUGUCCGUUAUAGCGGGGCGUCUGCAAAGCGAGAGUUGAUUGGAAUUCGUUGGGCCCGUUAGGGGCGCAGAACAAGGAUAUCGGCGCUGAUUUGGACCGGUUACUAACCAGGGUAAGAUUGCGUCAAGCUACUGCAACUAUGGUAGGAUAUAAAUGAUAGGACGUUUGGGCGAGUAUUUAAAGAAGGUAAUGCUGAUGUUUGAUGAAAACGUCUUUCGUUUUGUAUUUAAAAUUAAAAAAAUUAAGCGUAACUCAUCCAGUUGCUGGGUUGAAGCAAGUUUCAUUCUGGAAUUUAGACAAAAUUGCUCGCGGAGACUUCAGGGAAGAGAGUAGAACUAGACACCUUAUUUCUAGUUUGAGGUUUUAAUUUUCUUCCUUCUUUUGCCGUUUUAGUUCAGUUAUUUCAAACUCGUUCUGGGGGUUCUCAGAAAACUCGAUGAACGAGGGUCCAUUUAAUUCUUUAUUAUUAUUAUUAUUAUUAUUAUUAUUAUUAUUACUAUUCUUCUUCUUCUUCUUCUUCUUCUUCUUCUUCUUUAUUAUUAUUAUUAUUAUUAUUAUUAUUAUUAUUAUUAUUAUUAUUAUCAUUGUUGUUAUUUGUAGAGAAAUACCGCGACGUCGAAGUUGGAUUCCGAGUUUUGCAUAUGAAGUUUUGCUCGGGUAAGGAAAUACAACGAAACAGUAAGUUUGUCAUGGCAAAUUUGAUAAAAAUUUCUCCUUACUCAUUCCUACAGUUUAUUUCAUUGUGCUACAUUGCAAACUUUUGAUAUCUGAGAUUUUUCCGUUCUUUCUUUUCAUUUGGGGUUCCCUUAGAUGGUAAUGUUUCGUUUGUACUUACAUCUCUUGCCCUUGUCACUUUUGUGACUAGUUUUAAAUUCAAGGACUUUAAGGUUUGUACAUACGGCCAAUCCAAUAUUCGGGCUUUUCAGAAAUUUAUACUUCAUUAUUACUGCCGAGUUAUGGAACUCUUCACCAUGCAAGUUCAAAUUAGUCAGCAAUCCGUUAACAAUGUUCAAAGCCAGCCUUUUCCAAUUCUAUCUGUAAAAACUUAGCUCGAGACCUGUAAUCCUCCAUUGUUGUAAUCCGAAAUGUUGUGAUCCUAACUUGCCUUAUCUUGAGGGAGUUAAGUUGCAAUUGGGAAAAAAGUUAUGUUCCAAUCUCCUGUUAACCCCUCCCCCUUUCCAUUUUCUUUUGUUUGUCUUUCAUUUGUUAGCACUCUACAUUCGUUGUUAUAAUUCAUCAACUCUAAUUGUUGUGGCGAAUGCAUUAAACUAAACUAAAGCUUAAUAAUCUCACUGACUAACAUGUCCUUUCUUUCGUUCCAGAGGCAAAAAUUGCUGUCAAUUGGAUGCAGGUCCCACCGCUGUGUUACAAGAGCAAAAAUGCAGAUGAAAAGCAAGAACCUGAAGGUGUAUUUCCUAAAGUGCUGUCCGAAAUGAUAAAGUACGUUUGUGGCACUUUAGACUGUGGUCGUAAGAGGACUAUUCAUAAAAGGCAUACACAUCACCAUGAAAGGACCUCGCAAACGCAUAACCAUAAAAGGAAUAAGCAUAACCUUAAAAGGAAUGGUCGUGGCCAUCGAAGAGCCGCGUUCAAGCAUACUGCGCAUGACCAUGAUAAGACAAGGCACGGUCGGAUGAGGAAUGUUCGUGACCAUGGUGACGCUGCAUAUGAUGGGCGAAAGAGGAGGGCACGUGAUCAAGAUAGGACUGUGCUUGAUCAAAAGAUGUCUGCGCAGAAUCAAACAAGGCCUGUUCUUGACUUUAGAGAGGAGACAAUCAACAUUCAUAACAUCAGUAAAAUGCUUUCUGUGCCGCACACUGAGUUUACCUUACCAAUCAGUAUGAAUCCCGAAAAGCAGGUUGCCAGUGAAGAGUGGGUAUUUCUCCCCGUGGUGAAGGUAGAUGGGCUUGCCAUGAUUAUGAGAAAGCCAAAUCGUGGAGAAAUAUAUGCUGGCAAGUUAGGUUCCUCAGUCCUGAAGUGCUGGCCUGCUUUUAUGAUGAUGUUUGUCAUGUACUGCGUCUUUGGCUUAGCUGUGUGGAAUUUGGUAAGACAUGAUGGCUAAAAGUUUGUUUAUGAUUUUGUUUGUUUGUUUGUUUUUGGCCGGAAUUAACAACGUUGGUUGUACGACCGACGUUUAAUUGUAUGCAUCUUGGUCCGGCCCUGGUGAAGAUAUAGCGAAAGCGGAGUUUCAGUCGAAAACGUUUGUUCCCUUUUUCGUGGUUGACAGUUACGUCAGACCAUUUCCUAUCAUUUUAAAAAGCUUAAACUUUUUCCACAUCAAUUGAAUUCCAAAGCCGGUACUAUACGGGUAAUCAUUUUUCUUUUUAAAUUAAUCGAUAAGUUCGAGUCAUUCACGAGAAAACUGUGCGUACCUAUGGAAAUUACAAGCUACGCCCCUGACCCCCAUUGUUUGAUGAAAACUAGGACAAUAAAAUUAAUCCUAGUGACUUAUGGCUAAUUCACUCUUUAAUAUCAGAUUAACACAUUUAAAAGUUGUUUUGUUAAACAUGGUUCAAAAUUUCUUCUUCAUAAAUGAAGCUUACUGAAUUUGCUUAGAAACAGAUUUUACGCAAAAGUUAAAGCUCGCUUGGAUCUUUUCGGCAAAAGCCUGCCAUCCAAUUUUCUGUGCUGAUUUAAAACCUGAGUUAAUCAAUAUGUUUCAGUGGUAUAAAUUUGCUAUAAAAUGUAAAGUUUCAAGAGUCCUAACCACCGGCUUCCGUGUUGUUGUCUUUGUAGGAGAAGGCUGUAAAUCAAGAUCAGUUUUCGCCACGCUUUACCCGCGGUUGGAAGCAAGGGUUAUGGUGGUCUUUUGUUACCAUGACAACUAAUGGGUAAGCCAUUAUUGUCUGAUGUAGACAAUUUGUAUAUUUCCUUAUGCGCGCCUUUUCGGAAAGACUAUGUGCGUGACGUUUAGCCUUAACUAGUCGAUUAUUGUAAAGCAGUUCGUCAAAAAUCCUGAAAAGCACUAGGGAAAUCCAAGAUGGCGAAUGACCAGGCUACAGAGGCUAUUUUUACACCAACGUAGCCAUGUCACGGGAAAAAAUUGUCCUUGGCUGAGACGGCUUUUGACGCGUUGUAGUUUCAAGAUUCUUGAAAUUAGUCAGGGGCAGUAUCCACCCUCCUCCAUGCCCAACUGAAAACAUAGGAAUUGAGAAAAAUGUUUGCAAGUGGUAGUAUGAUCCCUUUUCGCAUUUAAAACAAACGCCAGUGACACAUUUAUACAAAGUCACAUACUCUCUUAUGUAAUCUGGGCCCGCUUCCUCGAAAGAUGGUUAAGUUUAAUCCAAGAUUAAGCCAAAUGGUAAGCACGAUUUUCUUGUCUAAGAACAUGUAACUCAAGCUUACAAAAUACUGUUGAGCCUUUACCCAGCGAUACAGUAAUGAUAACAUAAAAUGUUACUCUAAGCAGUUCAUAGGAAGGUAAAGACAAAAAGUGGAACUGGGUUUUUGAGGUCAUCUUCUCACGCUGGACUGAAUUCCUGAAUAUAUUCAUUCCAAUUGGAGAUAAACGUACCACUCUAUUAACUUAAGAUCCAAACCUGGUUCAGUAGCAAUACCAAAGUCAGGAACGCAAACACAUACUAAUUCGUUUAUAGCAAGAGCUGCAAGACUCCUUUCAUGAUCUGUAUAUUUUUACUUACUUUUUUAUAAGACUAGUCACUUAAUAGCUUUUCAUAGAAUAUGGUUUUUCACUUUAUUUAUGUAAAUCCAUUGUAUAUAUUUUUAAAGAUGGAUAAAUAAUAUACAACUUUCCCCCGAAGGGGAGGUGAAUAGUGGUGGUGGUUAUAGCGAUACGCGAAGCGUGGAGGUAUAUUUCUAGCGCUGUUCACCGACCCUGAGGGGGAUAGUUAAUUUAGUAUUUACCAAAUCAGUUGAAUAAAAACAAAACAAGUAACUUUUUGUAAAUUAAAAACGUCACUUAGUAGAAACUUUGUUUACAAUUUACAAACAUUUCGGAGAUUUUGUCAAGAGCAUUUUUACGAUUUUGUUGCAAAUUCAGCAUUACAAUAAUUUUCUACCUACCAGGAAACACCAACAAGCCAAAGUUCGUCGCUUUCUUGGUAUUUGUUUGUAUGACUGCUUCAGUUAUCGCUCAAAUUUUGUCUUCCGAAAAUGUCUUGGAACGAGACGCCAUUUGGCUCCGUUCGUAAAACAGUGAAUAGCCAAGGAUAUUCCGUUCCGGGAGCUAAUCAAAACGCGCGAAAAUUGCUAUUCACCGAUUAGGUAAAUACUAAAGCUUAUUAUUAAAAAUGGCCUAAGUCAACUGGGAGCCUUCCCAUACAAACGGAUAUUUUCACACACAGGUAUGGUGAUCGUUUUCCGAUCACAGUUCCAGGACGACUACUUGCCGUGGUCGCUAUUCUAGUGGGUACGAUCAUGAAUGCACUCUUUAUAGCCUCAAUCACAGCAUCAAUCACUGUGUUUGUUAUUGACGAGGCAGCUAAUCCUGAGCGAUCCCGGAAAGUAAGUAUAGGAACACUGAUAUUCUUUUUAUGGGCUGGUCUUAAAAUGGUUGCUUCCCGCUAUAAGGGGAGCGCAGUAAGUAAUACUAGAGUCAUCUUUCAUCUUAGGGCUAAUCACAUAACUAGAACCCUGUUGCCACCGAUGGUAAUAACUCCGCUAGUGAAAAAAUAUACUACGCUGUGGAAAAAAAAAACCGGUGGUCCUCAGCCUCUUUCUCAGUCUUUCUUUGCGAGUUCAGAUUUGUUGUCACCCGCGCUCGGUUCCAAGCCCGCUCUGCUCACUCGCAUAGCGCGAAUUGGCCUGGGAAUGAGGUCGGGUGAUCCUAAAUGUUGUCCUUUAUAGCAUCAGUUACACCAACUUCAUCUGAGCAAUCCUGGGAACCCGUCACCUACAGCCUCAGAGUUGAUUUUACCGAUUCAAAAGACCCCCAGCCGCCCCCCCUCCCCCCGGCCCACAAAAAAAAUUUGUGCCGUAUCAGCUCCGAUACCCCACAAUUUCUCAUCAAGACUAGUUGGGCAAAAAAUAUUCUUAUUUCUCCAUCGCAGUUCGAACUGCAAACCUUUCGUGUGGUGGGAGUGCUAAGAACUCAAGAUUUAACGCCUUUUUUAGAUUUUCUCUCGACUAACGGUUUGAGCACAGCGUCGUGCUGCAUAAUAGACCAAUUCACAGUUAUGAGCUUAGUACCCUAGCCUCUGAGUGAACGUGAGGCUGAGGUUGACCUUGUUCUGAUACAAACCUCUAUCCUUUUCUUAUGAAAAUCGUGCUAAAAAUACACGUUAGCAUAAGAAUAACAUGGAUUAACAUCAUAGAGCGGUUUUCAUUUGAGUGUCGAAAAGUAAUUGGUUUUGCACUUUCUACACGAUGCGAUUGGCUUAAAAGAUUCGCGCCACCUUUUCAUCCAAUCAGAAGUAAAACCAAAGCCAAUUGUGACGUUUUUCCCGCGCUUUGCGUCAGCCACAUGUAAUUACUUCGAGUUUUGAUUGGUUCAAUGUAUUGUCUGUGUCCUAUGUGAUUGGCCAGAGUAAUUACUUUGGUUUUGGUUUUACGACACUCAAACGAAAACUACUCUAAAGGGGGAAGGUUUGUAUCAAAACAAGGUCAACUACAGCCUUCUUUGCACCCGUCACUGUAAAAUGGACUAUUUCAGUUUGCAUCUUUUGCCAGGUUGGAGUGGUGACUGGUUCAAUGGAGUAUCCUUUGGGCAUGCGCAUGAAUGGAACCAAAGGGAUGAAAUGUAAGUUUGAAAAUCGAUAACCGUGGAAGCAGCUAUAUAGGUACGGGAUUGUAAAGCUUUAUGUUUUGCUGCAUAUCCAAAUUGCAUUUUACUUAGCUCUUUAAUAUUUAGAGGCCGUCAAAUUUAGUACCACUGACGACUUCAUAAAUCUGACCGGGAUGAAAGAAGUAUAGCGAGCACCAGAGUAAUCCUUUUUUGUGAAUUUGAUUUACUUCUUUCGUGACAUCAGUUAUAGCCUCUUGAAUGGGGACCUAAGAUCCGAGGACGGUGACUGCGGCGCGAACACGUCACUCAAAGAGUGAUUUCACUUUUCUUUCAAUCUUUAUCGUGAUUACUCGAACUCGCUGCCUUUUUCAUAUGAAGGCGAACUCACCUGGAGUUGAUUUCCUAAGAAAUAUAUCGGCCAAGUUGAGAAGAAGAAAGAAAAUUUCGUCCUCGCUUGUUUACACCCUCCAUAAAACGUGAAAUUAGGCAUUUUCACGUCGUAGUCAAGCGGGGACGACAAAGAAAUAUACAAAAAAGCGUGAUGCACGUGUAGAGUUGUUUUGCUUGCUUUUUUGACGUUCUCCUUGCCGUCACCGGAUCUUAAGGUCCCUAUUAAUACUCACAAAUACUAACGUCCUCAGGGAACAUGAAGACAAAAUUCUAAGAACACUGGUUCAUUACAGGUGUUUCGUAUCCAACGAGGGACGCUCUACUCCAAGGGCUUGAAUCCCAAGCAAUAGAUGGGGCAUUAAUUGACAUCUUGACCGUGGACUCUUUUAAAAAGGAGCUGAAUGAUUCUGACUUUGAAGUGGUGAAAGUCUUGCCCAACACAUUCCAUUAUGGCAUUAUUUUAACGGGAGAUGCAAGAAACCUUUCAAAAUACUGCAAAGAAUACUUAGUGAAUCAUCCAGUCGAGUUACUGUUACAGGAAGAAGAGGUAAGAGAAGGAGGAACCAUAGAAACCAGGGAGAUCAAAGAACUGACUGCCUGUUGGGGAUAGGGGUAGCCUUGCACCAUAGCUUGUGUUUAAAAAUAAUUCGCUUUCAUUUUCUUGGAGAAAAAGAUGGAUAAAAGAAUUGGUGGCGAGGGGGGAAUGUUUUUAUUUUGGUUAAUUGAUAAUGAUAGAGUUGGAGUUACUCGCAUGAGUAGUUCGCGUAGACGUCGUGUGAAAAAGCGCGAAAUAUGAGACAUAACUUUAAAUCUUACAGGACAUUAAUGCUAACAUACUUCAUAUAAUCCUUUGAGUCAUGAUCAUGAAUUCGAUUAUUAAUAAGCCACUUAACCAGGACGUAAUUUCCAUUUCAGCUGUUUUAACUUGAUUGUUGUCAGUUAUUCUUAUCAUUAUUUUUUUUUUGACUUCUUAGUAAAGGUAGGUCUUCGAAAUGGGUAGCUUGUUUUGUGACCCUUGUUCCACUUUUGACUUUUUUCAGGAUAGCAGUGCCCAGCCAAUAGCCAAGCCCACAGACGAAAUACAAACGGUCUCAGUUAUUCCAUUUUUUGAGACAGACAACCUGCUCUUUAAGCGAACACUCCUAAUUAUCGUAACAUCUCUCCUCAUUUGUGUUUUAAGUGGCUUGUCUUUCCAUUUUAUAUGGUUAAGGUUGAACUCUAAGCAAGGUAAGCACCAAUUGUAUAAAACAUACUACCAGCCUAUUUUUCAGCUGGUGUCUUGAUCCUCUACGCGCUAAGUUUAUCAACGAUAACACACUCAGAGGACGUUGGUUAGAAAGCAGACGGAACGCUAUACACUAAGUUACUACGCUAUAUAGUUAAAAUCUUGAGCCUCUAGAGGCAACGCUAGCAGGAAGAAUGUAGUAUAUUUCAACAUUGGCUUCCAUUGAAAAAAAAGCCAAAAAAUAUUUAAAAGAAACAACCUAGCUAUAUCUUGUACAUGUUGUUCACGAUUUCACUGUACGUUCUCAGCUCGUUGGCUCCUUAGUACAAAGAGCCUAAAUAUAGACUUACAAUAUCUUACUCGUGGCAAGGCAUAGUAAAAAGUCGGUGCCCCUUGCGUUUAUUGUUUAUCUAUAUAUAGCCCUUUUCUAGCCAACGGAGCGUGUAGUAAAAAAGAAAUGCCAUACUGAAGUAAGCAAAGAGUAAUUGUAAACGUGGAUUGUAAACUGCUCACGAUAAAUUACUUUUAUGAUUCUUCGUAGAUGAGCCAAGAACCCAGCAGAAAGGACCGGCUGCAGUUAAAGCGGAGCUAACACAAGUGCUUGAAGAAUUUCAUAGUAGAAUAAAGGCAACCUAUUUUACUCUUAAAAUGAAACACAGACGAGAACUUUUACAAUUCCGACACAGAAGGAGCGCUUCCAUGAUAGUGGCAAAGUCUUAUUUUAAAAAAGGAUCGUCGAUCCCACAACAGGUUUAAUGAGACCAUCAAAAACCUAAAAGCUAAGGCAGUCGGUUUACGUUCAUUUACGAACUCAGGGGUGUUGUUGACUCCAGUCAACUCUGUCGACUAUCAGAGAAUCACACCCUUAAAAUGGACACCUAGAGUUGGUACCCACCGACCUAGAGUACUUUUCUUUGACUAGCUGCAUACCGGAUAAGUACCUGUCAGAGACGGAGGUACUCAGCUCUGACCAGUGGUCUCAUCGAUGUCUGUCUUACACAUGAAUAGCUGGCCGUCGUAUUACAAACUAAAACUGAAAUUUAAUAAGAGUUCAAAGAUAAACAAGGUCUUUAAAGCGCACAUUGUUUACAGGGGCGGAUCCAGGAUAUAUUUAGGAGGGGGUGCACUCGUCUCUUGCUCUACUACAACA